GAGCAUUGGUUUAUCAGUGCUUCCGCCUUCGCCCUUUAGCCCCAAAUUGGAAGAAGUGGAAUUGGAGCGUGAUUAUUCGUACUUUACUUCAGCAGAUUUGAAAUUUCUAAAUACAAUUGUCAACAGAAGGUUAUCUGAAAACAUGGCUAGUCUGAACACACAAGACAUUGUUUAAGAAAGAUUUGCUUCAAAUGGAACUGAUGUUGCUGGCCUCAGAUAUUUAGUUGGCAGAAAAGAGUAAAGCAAACUGUUAUUGGGAAAAUGGCUGAGUUGGAACCAGGAACCCAAUGCAUGGCUGUAUAUGAAUUUAAGGGAGCCAAAUCAAAGGAUCUUCCUUUUGCAAAAGGAGAAAUACUAUGCAUUUUAAGUGCAACCAAGGACCCAAACUGGUUUUAUGCCAGAAGGCAAUCCGACAAAAAAGAGGGCAUAAUUCCAGCUAAUUAUGUUAAAAAGCGAAAAGCAAUGAAUCUUCAUGCCAUGCCAUGGUUUUUUGGUAAAAUAACGAGAGAGCAGGCGGAACAAUUGCUCCAUGGUGAACCUCCAGGAUCUUUCUUGGUUAGAGAGAGCACAAAUUUUCCAGGAGAUUAUACUUUAUCAGUUUGCAGUCCUGCUGGUGGCAAGACAGAGCAUUACAGAGUGCUAUCGAGAAAAGGCAUGCUUACAAUCGACGAAGAUGGAUACUUUAACACACUUCCUAACCUUGUAGAGCACUACAUGAAGGACAACGAUGGUCUUUGUACAAUUUUAACGCAGCCGCUGAGGAAAGAUAAACAUAAAGAAAUAUCGACAACUGUUUUCAUAGAAACAUUUAAAAAAGAGGGCUGGGUUGUUAAUUGGAGCGAUUUAUCAAAGCAGCUUGAUGUUAUUGGGAGUGGGGAAUUUGCAGAGGUAUAUAAGGGCACUUACAACGAUCAGAACGUUGCAAUCAAGAAACUUAAAGAUGAUAGCGAGGCUGCACAGUCUUUCCUGUCUGAAGCUUCUGUGAUGACUACGCUAAGACACAAGAACCUGGUUUUAUUCCAAGGAAUUUGUUUCAAUGAAGGCAGCCUUUAUAUCCUCACUGAAUUUUGCUCCAAGGGUGCACUUUUGGAUUAUCUGCGUUCGAGGGGAAGAGCUCAGAUAACACAUGACCAACUGCGUGGCUUCGCAAGGGAUGUUUGUGAAGGUAUGUGGUAUUUGGAGCAGAGAAAAAUUGUUCAUAGGGAUCUCGCCGCGAGGAACGUUCUGCUUGCAGAUGACAUGACAGCCAAGGUUGCUGAUUUUGGCCUGGCUAAGGACCUCAACCAAGACACUGCAGCAGAGAAAUUUCCUGUAAAGUGGACGGCUCCUGAAGCCAUAAAACAUAAACAAUAUUCAACCCAUAGCGAUGUUUGGAGUUUUGGUGUCUUACUGUGGGAGAUUUAUUCUUUUGGAAGAAACCCUUAUCCAAGAGUACCACUGAAAGAUGUGAGUGAAAAAGUCGAGAAGGGAUAUCGCAUGGAAAUACCGGACGGUUGUCCAAAGGCAAUGUAUACGUUAAUGCAGCGUUGCUGGAACAUUGACCCUCUUAGAAGGCCUUCGUUUAAGGAAAUGAGGAGAGAACUUGAAAGGGAAACUGUUUUAUAAUUUUAUAAUAUCUUUACGUUGAGUAUUAAGCAGAAUGUUAACAUCUGGAAUCGAAGUACCAAGUCGUUUUGUAAUGGCCUUUUUGUUAUCAUAACCCAAUAAAGAAGCCUGGAUUGUCGAUGCAUUUUAUUGCAUCAAGCAAAAUCCGGACCCGGACUGGCCCUGGCUAGCUUUGCUUUUACACCCGGCGUUUUGGAUCUGAACCGGAUUUGAAUAUUUAGUUUUCAUGGAUCACAUAAAUACGCAGUCCGUUCUAAAUUGGUUUCCUUGUAGCACGAACGGGGAUGAUCCAUGCUUGUAAUGGUUAUUCGGGAGUUUAAAUCCCGUUGCCACUUGUACACAUGCCUGCCAUGGGGUUGCGGGUGGAGGGAAAGAUUGCCCAAUGCCUUGAGCUGAGAGGGACCCCGGAAAGUUAAAGUAUUGUUCCUAACAGUAACAGGAACAAUUAUAAUCACAGUUUAAUGACGUCAUCGUGGACCCCAUCUCUCUUUUGCCCCAGACCCUAGAAAGCUCUCGGCCGCUCGUUCUUUUCUGGAUCCAUAACGGGCCAUAAUAUUUUGGAUCCAUUUCUUAUUCUUUCCAAUUCUGUUUAGAUCGAUAUUGAUCUUUGUUUAGUUUUGUUAAAUCAAAGAUUGGAUUAGGUUACUAUCAGUGCCGAUGUGGAUCCGGCUUUCAUAUUGGCAUCCUGUCCGGUUUGGUUCCACCUCUAAUCUCUACUGUUUUGAAUCCGUUUCUGAUACAUAUGGAAAUAGAUCUGAGUCUAAAUCAUAUUUGCUCAAACUUAAUGUUUUGUUAAACAGGCCUGGCUGAUAUGCGCCUUUAUGUAUUAAAUUAGUUAACAUAUUCAAGGGAAAGUGUAUACUAGUUGCUAUGUUCUUUAUUUUUAUACAUAUUUACAUGUUCGUUUUGUAUAUGUUCGUUAAAAGAAUGAAGGCUCUCUCAAAAUGUAACUGGAAUUAAUAAACUAUUUGGCUAACAAGCGAAAUUCAGAGUUUCUUGAAACAGAUAUAUUUCUGUAAAGUUGGAUCCGCAAAAUCACAAAGCAUCAUUUGGAAUGAUUUCUAGUGCGUUUUACAACUAAUGUUGUUUUAUAUCUCUAGAAAGUAAAUAUUUCAUGCUCAGGACAUUUAGUUGUAACAUUAAGUGUUGUUUUCCAUAACUACAAAGCUUUCCUGAC